UGCUGAAAAGUAUGUGAGAUAUUAGAGAAAGAUAGGAAUCCCAUCGGACAAUGAAUGGGAGACGCCCCACCAAGCAGACUGUCUACCAAUCGCGUUUACGUUGUCAUCCCGCGUCACUUGGUUGUUAAGACAAUCGUCUCGCAAUCUCUUCUCAAAAUCAGGGUAUGAGUCGACUAAUCUUGUAAUUUUGUAGUUCUUGUUCACUAAAUUCAUGCUAAUGUUGAGUUUUUGAGCUAGCACCCAAUUGACUCCCAUUGACUUGCCUUGCCCCAGAAUGCAUUGUGCAAAAUGGACAUUAAUGCGAAUCCAAUAGAGAAAGUAUCUCUGGGCGCAUCAACGUUACACGUCCAUGCUGACAUCUGGAAUGGUGGAGUUGGGUAAAUAAAUAGUGCAGUGCGUCGAAGUACUCGUGAAUUGUAUUGGUUACCCUUUGCUGUGUCAUAUCAAUAUUGCCACCAAUACAUGAGUUGUGUUAGCUAGCCUACAGCCAGUAUGUUGAUCGGAUGCCGGAGAAGAGGACGUCAAUCCACCAGACUGAAGGUAGCACUCAUGCUCUUAGUAUUAAUUUGUCAAUUCGUCCAUGUUCUCAGCGAAAAUUCUCCCUCCGCUCUGACUGUUGUGGAGAGCCCUGAGGCCAGCCUGGAGGGUGAGGAGGAUGCCCACGUGGAAGAGGGAGAUUCUGAGGAUUUGGAUGUGUUCCAUCCAACAGAUAAGUGGAAGACUCUCAAACCAGGUCAUGGGGUCCCAAGGGGCUCUCAAGUAAGGCUCAACCUCCAGACUGGACAGAGGGAGGUCAAACUUGGGGAACACCAGACUCUCAAAUACCAGAUAGAUGGACAAAGACAGGGGAAGGAGAACACACAGGGCCCAUCUGUCAGUGCUGAGGAGCUGAAGAAGGCUUUGAAAAAUAUCAAAGAAGGCGUGGAUCCCAAAACCAGUGACAAAGAAGAGACGGAGGCUCUCAGGGCCCAGUUUCAUACCAUGGAUGAGCUGAAAAAAGACAUGGUCAGACAAGACAUGCUGAUGGAGUCAGACUUCCAGAUUAUGAGUAGACUGGUGUCCCAAUUCAACAGCUCAAAUGCCACUGUGGAAGAGAAGGUUCAAGCUCUACAUGACUUAGAGUACCUUGUUCAUCAGGUGGACAAUGCACAGAACCUGGCAUCUAGUGGAGGGUUGAAGCUUGUGGUUGAUGCAUUGAACAGCACAGACUAUCGACUUCAAGAGAGUGCUUCUUUCGUUCUGGGAUCAGCUCUAUCAAGUAACCCGGUGGUGCAGGUGGAGGCAGUUGAAAGUGGUACCCUUCAGAAGCUGUUAAUGUUACUUGCCACUCCACGACCCAUGUCUGUUAAAAAGAGGGCGUUGUUUGCUCUGGCCUGUUUGCUACGUCACUGCCCCUUUGCCCAAAGCCACUUCCUGAAGCUGGGUGGGCUGCAAGUGUUGGGGGAUAUUUUCCGAGCAUCUGGAGGUGGGGCUGUCCGUGUGAGGAUUGUAACCAUACUCUAUGAUAUGAUCAACGAAAAGGAGCUGAUCUCUCAGACUGGACUUGACCCCAUCCCAGAUGCAUCUCACAAUGAGCGUUUGCGGCAGUAUGCGCAGGUCUCCCUCCAGCCACUUUUGGCAAAGCAAGGCUGGUGCAGUCUGGUACCUGAACUGUUGGCCUCCCCAGAGCACGACUGGAAGGAAAAGGCCCUGAGAACUAUCCUGGCCAUGAUGCCUCUUUGCCAGACUCAGUAUCGAAAGGAUUACGCUCUGUCUUCCUCCCUCAGUGCCCUACAGGAGCAGUACCAGGAGCUGGUGCUCACAGAGCAGGUCCUCGGUGACGAGGAUGGAUACUUUGGGGAGAUCCUGGCUCUGUUGGAGACAGUGGUGCUGAAACUGAAACAAGUAUAGCUUGGUGAAAACCCUUAUCAAAGGACAAUUAAAAAAACGAGGAUGUAGGAUUACAGAAAUGCGUUCGAGUUUUGCGUCUGUGUGAUAGGGUCAAAUCAAAUUUUAUUUGUAAGAUACAUGGUUAGCAGAUGUUAAUGCGAGCGUAGCGAAAUGCUUGUGCUUCUAGUUCACACAUUUGCAAAUCACAAGGUUGCCUUUCGGUUGCUUAGCCUUCCUUACACCUUUUUUCUGCAUCUGUGAUGCAUCAUGCCUUGGCUUGUGUCUCAAAAUAAGGCUUUCCAGUCCUCCCUGAGGAAUGCAUUCAGCUGGGCUAAAAUACAGUAUUUCUCCUUAUAUGGCAUUUGUGUUCCUAGUUCAGUGUGCUCCAUCUAUCUUGUUAGUGGAUUGUCCACUGUGAUACUAGUGUGCCUAGUCAGUGCCUGCUGUAAGCAGUAAUGAAAUCUGAGCUAUUUCCAUACUUCCCUAUGGGGUUUCAUGAGAGACUGUACAGGUUCAUGUUUCGUCAUUUUAUUAGUUUAAGGGUUUCCACUGAUUUGGAAAGCCAAUGUCCAGUCAGUGAUACUCUUCAUUGCACUGCAUCAUUCCGGCAGGAAGGAAAGGCAUCCAGAGAGAAUUCUUGUGCCUCACACAUGCCUGCAUGCUUGACCAAGACUUUCUUGUGUUUGAACCUGUCAAAAAGAGAUGUGUUCUUUCAACUGCUUAAAAUAGAAGGUUCAAAUGUGGCACCUUCAAUUCCAAAAAGCAUGACUUGAAUGUAAAAUGGUAAACAGAACAUUUGAGAAUUAUUGCGCAUAAUAUUGAGUCUAGCUCUAAAAUACACACAAUUUAUUCUAAUGAUUUGAAAUGUCUUAACUGAUAUCUAAGUUAUUCGUUUACUAUGUAUUUUGUUUACUUGUUUGAUAAGAAUAAAUCCAUUGGGUAAAGGCACUGCUAAUAAUCUGCCUUUAACUGAGACUUAAAAAAAAAUAUUUUACAAACCCUACAAAAUAUCUAGCCACUGUCAGUAGAUACGAUGGGUGUGUAAGAGGCACAUCUCCUUAUCUGUUUUUAGAACAAAGUAACAAAGUUGCCUCACCAAAACUGUGGUGAAGUUGGGAGGUCAGUGUCAUUGAUUCAAGGUGCACCUGCGCCAUCUUAUUUGUACAUGUUUCUGGUUAAUAUUUUCUUAUUCAUG